UCCUCAUAGAUCUGGCAUCCGACAAGUCAUGUGGAUCAGAUGCACAGAUGGGGGCCGCCAUUCCAAUAUGGCCGCCUGCUCUGAUCUUGAGCCUUAGACGCAAGGAAUUUCCUUCGCGUGAAGGUUUCGUUUCAGUUUCGUUUUUAAGUUGCCAAAACUAAAGCAGCUGAAUUUUAUUUGAGCUCCAGUUGUGCUUGAACAAGGCAUUUUUAAUCCGCACCUGUAUUGGUCUCUUGAAAUGUAAGAGCCUCUCAGAGCAGACCAGCGUAACGUUACACCUAACGUUGGCCAAUAAGUGGGGCCAUUAUAUGGCAUGCCAAUGUUUGUUACUGGAAUUGGCGUAGUCGGUCUCCUGACCGUAUGGGUGAACUUCGGACUUGGGGCAAGGCUGAUGGUCACCAACAAUGGACCAGCAGUAUUUGAUGCACCCAUUCAAUUCACUGUAUGGCUGGUGGAUUACAACCAUAAAGACGAGGAAAUCCUCUUCAAGUUUGAGGAUGGCCGUCCAGAGUACUCGUAUAAACACAGAACAUGGGAGAUACAUACAAACAAAACCAAUGCAAGCCUGGAGGUUACUUACUUCAUUGAAGGGAAGUACUACAUGAAGGUUGAAGCAAUGAAGAAGGGAAUUCUUGGUUGGAUGCAAACCAUUGCAUCCAAUCGGACAGAUUUUGAAAUCACCUCCUAUCUGAAUGGAAAGAUGAUCAUCUAUCAGAAUGGAACACUCUUGCAGCCAAAAAACAAUAUGGUUUAUGUCGCAUCCCAGUACCCAGCCAACAUCACAGUGGACUUCUAUGAUCCGAGUCAUUUCCUUGACAAAGCCACUGAAGUUGAAAGUCAGUGGUUCAUAGAUGGCAGUGGAAUGGGGUAUCAUCCUGGCUUUAAUUAUACCAUGUUCAACCUUACGUUGGGAAUGCAUUCUGUGACAUCGGCCGUCAUUUUCUCCUUCACUCCCCCCACAACAACAACUACAACCACCACCACCACCACCACUACUACUACUACUACUCCUACUACUACUACUCCUACUACUACUACUCCUACUACUACUACUCCUACUACUACUACUCCUACUACUACUACUCCUACUACUACUACUACUACUCCUACUACUACUACUCCUACUACUACUACAUCUACUACUACUACAUCUACUACUACUACACCUACUACUACACCUACUACUACUACUAAACCUACUACUACUACUACCCCUACUAAACCUCCAGAGUUGAAUGUCACUGAUGUCUCUGUCAGAUCAAUACCCACAUCUGUUCCUAGUAUAAAACUGCUGUCAGAAAUUAAGUCUAAACAGAAGGAUCACAUCCCAAUGGUCAGAGCACUGCCAAAAAAGCCAAAGGACUCAUUUCCUAUUGCACCCAAGAUUGGCCUCUUCUCCCUUUCUUUCAUGGUUGCCAGUCUGAUCACAGAGCUUACUGUGACAGGAAACAAUUGGCUUCAGCAUGGAGACCUCCUGGAGCUCCAGGUCCAUUGUUCUGGAAGUGGGCCUGUAUUCUACUGCUGGCAGGCAUUGAAUGGGACAUACAAUGUCACAGGAAAAGAGACGUGUGGUAAUCCAAGCGUGACCACCGACUGUCAGUUCCCAAUUUUGCAUUACUUUCGCUAUCCUGGAUCCUACAGCAUUCUUAUCAUCAUCUCCAAUGAUGUGGAUCAUCAGACCAGAUCUAUUGCUGUUCAUGUCUUUGAUGUCGACAAGAAGCCUCAGCUGUCCACUGUGGUGAUACCCAUUGUCUGUAGCACCAUUGCUCUUGCCAUCAUUGUCUUUGGACUUGGCUUCUACUUCCAACACAGAAGCCAGUAUGCAGUUGAGGUGGCAGACUUUGACUUCCAGACAGAAGAUGAGAUAGAGCCAAAAGCAUUCUGUUUGAGACUGAAGGAAGAAAUCUGGUACUCAUUUCACCGGAACACAGAAGACGACUAUCUGACUUCUGUAUCAUCUCACAGACAGUCCUAUGGUGCUGUCUCCUGAGUUUAUUUUUUGUUUUCCAUUGCUGUGAUAUGUAUAUGAUAUGAAUGUGUAUGCCUGUGCAGCAUAUUCCUCCAAGUUUGUGAUAGUGGCACUGGGAAGAGUUGGAUCUCAGG